CACAGCUCUGCAUCUGGAAGGGGUGGGAAUGGUGGGGACGGAGGACGGGCGGGAAGGGGAGGGAAAUGUGUCAUCCAAUCAAGUGACCCACGCCUGCUGGUGCUAGUGGAAGCCGACUGUACAUCGGGGGACCCGGGGAAGGGUGGUCGGGGUGGCAGUGGUGGGAGUGGGGGUUCAGGUGGCUCUGGAGGGUCAAGUGGGUCGGGCGGAUCCGGCGGGAGUGGAGGGUCGUACCGAGACAGCAACGGGACUCUCCACCACCACUCUAGUGGGAGCAGUGGGAUGUCAGGUCACAGCGGACACACUGGACGCAGCGGGUCUCGAGGGGCAGAUGGCACCAGCAUGAGGGAUGGAAGUUCGGCGCCGGAUGGAGGCAUCCUCUGGUCAGUCUGCUCGGUGGAUGGUGGCAUACUUCACCUAGCUCCCACCAGGUACGAUGCUCAGGUCACCCAGCUGCAGGUUGUGUCUGCAAUCGACGACGGGAUAUUUGAGCCAAAUGAGCGCAUCAUGGUUUCCGGUGUUAGUGUCGUCAACAGUGGAGGUCUGCCUCUCCCGACUGGUCCACAGGCCUUUAUUCCCAGCACUCCAACCAUCAAAUUCGAGCCGACAAAGUUUGACUUGCCUGAAAUGUAUCCCAACCACACAUGUGAGGUACCGGUCACCUACUGUGGACGUAUCUUCGACCAGCCACCGCCAAAUGUCCCUGGUCCCUUCGUCUCGUCUGCCACAUUUACGACCCGAGUCGAAUUGCUUGGGCGACCUUUCGAAAAGUCGCUAUUCCAGCAGCAGCUGGUGGUUCAGUACCCAGUCAAACUGGCCUACAUGAAAUGCAGCGAGAACCUAGGGAGGGGAGAGGUGUCUGUCAUUGAGAUUGGAGUCCAGAACAUCUCCACCAUGCCGUACGGCGGCUGCCUGGGAUCCGGAGGUCGCGUGGCCCUACAGAUCCACCUCGAUGCCAGACUCAUCCCAAUCGGUGCUGGCACUGCCGAUGCUGCUGCUCUUCCCUACACUGUCACCUUUGACCCAAAUAUUCGCGACAGCAUGUUUGUCGAGCUUCACGCAAUACCUGCCGGACAGACGGUGAAUGUGCAAAUAACCCUGCAGAUGGAGAGCAGGGCCGAGCUGUUUGACCAGUGCCUGUGGCAAGCCGAUCUCUACCUCCGAGACAAGUUAAUCGAGUACAACUUCCAGACCAUUCGCGUGUCUCCCUUCUACCUGCCCAAAGAUCCGGCAGCCGACAUCCUGAUGGUGACAGACCAGAGCAUCACGAGGAAGGAGUUUGUCUUCUGGCAGAGGAUCCUCACGCUCGCCGACGUCACUGUCGAUUUCUGGGACACUUCUCGCUACAACGGUUUCUCGGUCGACACAACUACCAACAAACGCCACCCGGUGUCCUGGGAGGGUCGCUAUGCUGGGAAGAUGAUCAUCUAUCCCUACACGAACCUCGACCUCCUCUGGGGCAUCGACAUUGCGCGCCAAUUCCACGGAGAGAAUCACAGGGACGGACCACUCCAGGAGCAAAAUUCGAGCAUGGUCCUCCUUCUCCCUCCAUCUCAGCCCCGUGCACCGGGGCAGGGUUCCUACACUGACCUCGGAGACAAAGACGUCAUCAGGCACCUGGCAGCUGUCGACGAGGCUGUCACACUGCCAGAGAACACAACGUACUCUGGAUUUCACCUCACCCAUCCCGAAGCAGGCCCACCCGAGACGUGUUCCUUCAUCCCCAGCUUUAUACUGGACCCCAUCUUCAAGCGAGAGGGGGCCAGGAGGCCCUACUUGGGCUGGGAGAAAAAGCAGCUAAAGAAAGUGGAGAAGGAGACACCGUCGCAGUCAGCCACCGUCCUUACCCGCACCACAAACAUCACGUCAAACGGACUCUUCCGUUUCAACUAUGGACAGGUUGACAUUCGCAGGAUUCCUCUCCUCCGUUCCUCGAAGCUCCUUGUCGUGGAUGGCGCCGGUGGCAGUGCUCUGAGUCUGAGCAGCGACGACUUGCACCUGAAUGCCGCCUCUUCCGAGGUCCCACUGGCCAGCAACUUUGGCCAGAUCUUCCUGGCUGUGUUGUUCGGGCUCCCAAUGCGGUGCAAGCUGGCACUCUUGAAGAAGAAGACACCGGAGGGAGAGGGCGAUGGUGAGGGAGAGGGUGGGGAGGUGGUGUUCAAGACACCCCACAACCUUACGUACACCAGAGCCGACCUGGUCGUGAUCUGUGCUGUCAGCGAGAUUGCCGAUGACUUGCUCAGUUGCUCGGGGAACGCUCAGCGGAUGAGGGAAUUUGCGCGAGAGAUCGAGAACAGUACAGCCGACUUUGUACACAACGGUGUGGCCAUCCUCCGUGGAAUGGCACUGCUUGCCGACGAGGGCAAGGCAAGGAAAAAGCGCCUAAAAACCGACCAAGUGAACCGGGCACUGCAGGAACUUACGCAGUUGAUAUCAACAGUCGAGAUAGCUCUGAAAGGAGCAAGGGUGGACGGCAGUGACCUCCAGCAACCGAUGGUGAGUCUCGAUCGCCUCGUUGAUUCCGAGUCUUUCCACAAGACUGCACAACAUCGCGUGAGCGACGGUCGUUGGAAUGUCCCAGGAUGAACACAGGCUUGUGACACUUAAAGAAACUGAGACAUGAUUAGAUUAUAUAGCUAGGUGUAGUAGUGGAGUGAUACUAGCUAGUUUUACAUCGCUGUAUAUGCAGUGUCCUGUUGACUUAUGAGGUGUACUAUAUUAUAUUUCAGGAAAUGGACACGUUGAGACAACACAUUUUGUCCUAUUAAGGGCUGUCCUCUUUUUUGAGGGUAAGAAUAGAAAAGUGAAGCCUCCAAGUCUGCUUUUCUAUUGUGUCAAGUGUCGUUCUCUACUGCAUGGGUAUAUAUGAGCAUGAUUGAUCAGAGUUUAGGAAAUGCUGGCAUUAGGGCUGCAAUUAUGGACUAUUUCGCUUAGUUGAACACACUCUUUUCCCAGAUCCUGCCUGUUACUAUACAAGCGAGCCGAGCCCGCCCUCGCCUCCACACACACGCACGCGAUACGACGCAGCAGACACACAUGCGCAUGCGCGUGAAUGUACGCAUCGCGGAUCGGACGGAGUGUAGUGGACAGGGAUGAUGGCUGUCGUUUCAAACAAUUCGCACGUUGAAGGGUGUCACCUGAACUGCAAAAUGGAAGCAGAAGAGAAAGGACAGUUCGACGUAGUAGUGAUGCUGAGGUUAAUAAUGGCUUCCCUGAGUAUCAUUGGAGCACUGUCCAUUAUAAGUUCAGCUGUGUACAGAAAAACAGCCUGCAAUCCCAGAGUUCACCCAAUAUUUGUCCUGUCAAUUGUUGACACUCUGCUGAGUGUACUGUGGAUCAGUGGAGCACUGGUGUGGUUGAAAGAAGAUGGACUGAGUCGUCACGAUGACCUCAGAGUUAGCUGUUUCAUUAUAAACUGCCUCACUGUGGUGAGCUCAGCUGCCUUAGUUACUGCUGACACAACAUUUUGUGUGGGAAAAACUCAUUGAACAUUGUCAUUUUUAAGAUUCUUCAGUGUGUCGCAAUGAAUGUGACCCUCAUCUAUGCCUUCCUGGCUUACUCCAGCAUCAAACAGAGAGAUUUCAGUGGUGUCUACAUGGUGCAGCAGAUACCAGUGUCUGUCCAUGUAUGGCCCCCUCUCUGCUCUUUCACUACUUACUUCAUUGCCUGGACUCUACCUAUUGUACUGAUUGUGGUUCCAUUUGGGGUGAUUGCUGAGGAAUAUGAUCUAGUUCGUGAUGCUAACAACUGUUCUUGCUGGUAGCCUGUUUCUUUCCUGUUUCUGACUUCCUCCUCAAAACUACACCUUAUUCAGGUGCUUGCCCUUCUUUGGGAAUGUUGUACCCAGACCACAAGUAAGAGGCACCGACUUCAGUGAUGGUCGUGUAAGAAAACAAGUUUUACUGUGGACAAAACUGUCGUAAAAUGUUGUGCUUACAGGAAGGAGACAGAUACCUCACACAACUUUACUAUUUCAUGGCUUACUAUUCAGCAGUGCUUAUUACUAAUUUCACUUUUGUUCUCUGUUGCAUGGCAGUGGUGUAUUUCAAGUUGUUUCGUCGAAUUAGAAGAAUGAUUCGAGAGAACAAUGAAACCACUCAUUUGUAUGGAGCUACUCGGGCCAUGAUUCUUGAGGGACACAAAGACGCAAAGAAACGAGUGCUUCUAUUUUUCUUGGUUUAUGUAAUAACUGGAACAAUGAUCUUAGUUCUUGGAGUAUCAGUAUUUGUAACUGGAUUACACAAGAAGCCCCGCAAAAGUUCACGUGGAUGGAUGAAUAUGGGCUAUCACCUUCUUCUCUUGGAGGCACUGUUUGUCCCAUCUCAAGGAUUUCUGAAUGCCUUGGUCUACGGAUGGACUCGCGGAGACUUCCUGAGAGUCAUGUCCUCACCACCACGACACAACAGACUGCGCCCUGACUCUCUCACGACCUCCGAUGAUGAGACUGAGGAAGAGGAGGAGGUGGAGGAGACUGGGAAGGAGGAUGAGAGGGAGGACUGGGAGAGAGGGUCCCGUCCAGGGGGUUCCCUCCUCUUCUCCUCCAGCAGAGCUCGCCACUCAAGGAGAGGAAAGAGGGGCAACACGGCCCUCACCCCUGUCUCCCCCUAGAGGAUUCUACAAGUUCAACCUACAGUACUCUGACAUGCAAGAAAAAAAAUUGAGUGCUUUGCACUUGGGUUUUCAAUUUGUGUAGCUAACUUAUUAUAAUAUCUCUGUAAUAGCACUCUACUUGCAUGUCCCAAUUCUAUUGGCAUAUCCCAAUUCUAUUGGCAUGUCCCACAGGACUGUAUAGCUACACUAAGUAUUCACCUCAGCUGAAUGCAGUGUACACAGACACAGAAAACCAUAUUAUAGCCUACCCUUUUGCCGUA